AUGACGAAUGCCGAGUCAACAAAAGCAUUUGAAAAAUCUCUGGUGUCGUCUCAAAUAAGUUUGGAAACACAUGAGCAAAGCAGCCAAUCACAUCCGCUGACCAGAAACAUAUUAAGACGAUUACCAAAUAUUUCAACAAAUAACAGUACAAGUACUGAGCAGAAUGAAGCCACCGACGAGAUUGAAGCUAUGAGCAAUCUUUUGACAGAAAUGCAGAAAGAAAAUGACGAAAGGAGUGAAAUGCUGAUUUCCGUUUUCGAUAAAAAUUUCGAUGCAAAAAUUAAAACCUGCAUUGAUACGCGAGCUGAGAUGGAAGCACGCGCAACAGCAUUUGAAACAAUAAUUCAGUCCGAAACACUCAUUAAAAAGCCGGUUAAGGAAAUCACGACCGAAAAUACUUAUGAAGGAGUAUUUGGAACCAAUUUCAGUCAAACAGGUUCAACAUCUGAUGGACUUAGAAUGUCACCAAUGGAACAACAACAGUUUACAUCACAACAUAUUGCUGAAGCGAGCUCCAUCGCGUCACAACUACCUCGCAAUGUUGCAGAUGUUACGUCACCAAGUAAAGUGUCCCCAAACAAAGUCGAAAGCGAACAGAUCCUCACCGAACAAGCAGAGAACGCUGGCAAAAAAAUAACAAAAGGAUUCGGUGAGGCUGCGCUGACAAAAGUUGGCCACUGGAGCAAAAGUGCUUUCAAUUUCUUCCGAACAAAGAAUAUUAGCUCAGGAAAAGACGCAACAAUGCUUCGAAAGACUGCGGAAAAAGCGACGCAUGUUGAAAGUGACCGCUCUCAUGUAAAAGAUGCAAAAAUCGAAAUAAUUCCUCAAGAAAAUUUUAGGCAAACACGCCGGACUCGACAGGCAAAAUCACGAAGUUACCGAGAAACAAAAGGCCAAAAACCAAAGAAAACACUUCGAAGAAGUCUAAAACACAAACAAUCAAAAAAAGACGAAUCUGUUCUAAAAAUGUCCAUACCGACAGAACUUGGUAAUACAAGUAAUGAAUUGAAGAAACAUGCAGCAAAACUGACGGAAGCAAAAAGGAGGUUAAAAGAAAGAAACGAAAUCAAGUUUAAAAAAAAGAAAAAAUCAAAUCUAGAAACGAAAGGAAAACGUUCACAUAAAUAUGACAGUCGCCAAAACUUAAUAGUUGGUGAGAAAAAAAUCAAAAAAAGUACCAAAAAAAUUAAGAAAAUGGAAGCACAAAAGAACAACUGA